AAGCUGCUCAUGACCCAGAUUAAAUGGCUACCUAAAGGUAGCCUUUAUAACAUUAGCGAUACGGUGCUUAUUAGUAAUGAAUAGGCUUGCUCUUAUGUGUGUUGAGUUCUUGUGCAUAUUUUAAUGGAGUAAAAGACUAACAUACAUCGCUGCUUGUCACACAGCACGCUCGGAAACGAGAGAACGAUGUCUGCUUCAACCAGAAAAGCCAGUUAACGUUAGCAUUCAAGUAACAGACGAGACUCGGGGACAUCUGAGGAUUCGCGUUAGCAACAGUGGCAGGUACCGUAGCAACUGCAGACGCUUGACUUAGUCAUCGUUACAGCUAACACAGCAUGCCAACUGCUUCCUCGCCUUUUUGUCGGGGGAUCAACACAGCAAACUUCCACCAUGAGACUAAAAACAUCGCUGCUCCAGGAACCCAAACAUAAGGAGCUUGUGAGUUGUGUUGGCUGGACCACGGCAGAUGAGCUGUACUCAUGCAGUGAAGACCAUCAGAUCCUCAGGUGGAACCUGCUCACCAGCGAGACCACUCUGGUUGUCAAAUUGCCAGAUGACAUUUACCCCAUUGACCUACACUGGUUCCCCAAAACUGUUGGUUGCAAGAAACAGAACCAGACAGAGAUCUUUGUCUUGACCAGCACGGAUGGAAAGUUCCACCUGGUUUCUAAAACAGGGCGCAUUGAGAAGAAUGUUGAAGCACACAAAGGAGCUGUUUUGGCUGGAAGAUGGAACUAUGAUGGGACUGCUCUUAUCACAGCUGGAGAAGAUGGGCAGAUCAAGAUCUGGUCAAAAAGUGGGAUGCUGCGCUCAACACUGGCCAGCCAAGGGUCUCCUGUGUAUUCUGUAGCCUGGGGUCCAGACUCGGACAGAAUCCUCUACACAUCAGGAAGACAGCUAGUCGUCAAACCUCUGCAGCCCAGCGCCAAAGUUAUACAGUGGAAGGCUCAUGACGGGGUUGUUCUGAAGGUUGACUGGAAUUCAGUGAAUGACCUUAUACUGUCAGGUGGAGAAGACUGUAAAUAUAAGGUAUGGGACAGCUUUGGCCGUCUGCUUUACUCCUCCUUGUCUCAUGACUACCCGGUCACCUCUUUGUCCUGGGCACCAGAUGGAGAGGUGUUUUCUGUGGGCUCCUUCAACACCCUGCGUCUCUGUGACAAGACUGGAUGGUCCUAUGCAUUGGAGAAGCCCAAUACAGGCAGUGUGUUCAGUGUGGCCUGGUCUGCAGACGGCACCCAGCUGGCUGGGGCUUGUGGCAAUGGGCAUGUCAUCUUUGCCCAUGUGGUGGAGCAGCAUUGGGAGUGGAGGAACUUUGUGAUCACCCUCACCAAGAGGAGAACCAUGCAGGUGAGGAAUGUGAUGAACGAUGCAGUGGACAUACUGGAGUUUAGAGAUCGAGUCAUCAAAGCAUCUCUGGCGUACGGUCACCUUGUGGUCGCCACUUCCCUCCAGUGCUAUGUCUACAACUCAAGAAACUGGAACACUCCACUCAUCUUUGACCUGAAGGAGGGAACAGUGAGCCUCAUCCUGCAGGCCGAGAAACAUUUUCUGCUCGUGGAUGGAGCGGGGUUAUAUACGUUCUCCUAUGAGGGUCGGCUGAUAUCUUCACCCAAGUUUCCCGGCAUGAGAGCAGACAUCCUUAACGCACAGGGCGUCUCGCUGAGUAAUGACACCAUCGCCAUCCGGGACAAGAGCGAUGAAAAGGUCAUUCUCCUCUUUGACGCCUUGACCGGGAAAGCCCUUGCCGAUGGGAAACCCUUAACUCACAAGCUAGAGGUGGUGGAGGUCGCUCUGGACCAGUGUGGCCCAUCUAGUGAAAGGAAGAUUGCCCUGAUAGACAAGAACCGGGACCUUUAUUUGACCUCCGUACGUCAUCUCGGACGGGAGCCCAAAAUCUGCAAAAUUGGUAGCAUGGUUCACAGUAUGGCUUGGAAUGAUGCUGCUAACAUCUUGUGUGGAGUCCAAGACAACCAGCUAACGGUGUGGUACUACCCAAGUGCUGUCUUCACUGACAAGGACCUGCUGCCAAAAACACUGUACAUGAAGGAUGGCAGUGAGUUCAGUCGUACACCCAACAUUCUGAGCUAUGUUGGCACCAAGGUGACGUUACGCCAAGGAGAUGGUUCCCUGGUGUACAGCAGUGUACCUCCCUACCCAGCUCUCCUGCAUGAGUACAGCACCUCUGCACGCUGGGAGGAUGCACUGCGCCUCUGCCGCUUCGCUAAGGACCAGUCUUUGUGGGCAUGUCUUGCUGGUAUGGCUAUGGCAAACAGGGAGCUGACCACAGCGGAGAUGGCCUACGCUUCUAUUGGAGAGCUACCCAGGGUGCAGUACAUCAACUUCAUAAAGCAGCAGCCAUCUAAGGAGUCCUCUUUGGCCCACAUGCUGAUGUUCAGUGGUCAGGUCCAGGAGGCUGAGGCCACUCUGUUACAAGCUGGUCUCAUCUACCAGGCCAUACAAGUCAAUAUUGACCUCUUCAACUGGGAGAGGGCACUGGAGCUGGCAGUGAAAUACAAGACCCAUGUGGACACAGUUUUGGCCUAUAGGCAGAAGUUCCUACAGAAAUUUGGCAGGAAGGAGACCAAUAAACGAUUCCUGCAGUAUGCUGACGGGGUUGAGGUGGACUGGGAGAAGAUCCAGGCGAAGAUAGAGAUGGAGUUGUCCAAAGAGAGAGAGAAGGCCGCUAACGCCUCCGUGAGGAGCAGCAUGGCCGUGCGACGCUGAUACUCAGGGGACCUUUUGUCUACAACAUCAGCUUUGCAGGAAUCGAUUCCCAUGUGUUUUUGACAUUUGGUGAAUAUUAGGUGGUUUGGCUCGCACUCACAGUAAUAAAAAUGUUCUGUACUCGAGGUACAAUGUCAACCAUUAGUUCCAAGUACAUUAACUUCAAGUGAAAACAAAGGGGAACAUUUGGAUGUGGAGGCCAUAAAGAAUAUGACACUUGAUUUUGAUUGUUACGCUACAGUCUUGUCAAUGUAAAACAUAUGCACAAUAUUGUACACAGCAUUCUGUUACAGUGGGUGGAUAAUUUGACUUUCGAUAAGAGUAUCUGUAUUUCUCAGCAACAGCACCAUUAUGGCCUUUCUGUCAUAUCAGCCUUUCAGUGAUAUCAUUGUUAUCUUUUCGUUGUGCACAAAUGUUUUGCUGCGUUUCUCUGUCAGUGGCAUUUGACUGUGUUUUUAUAUAUAUAUAGAUAUUUUUACAGUUUGUAUAUUCAUAACAUUGCAUCCUGUAAAGACUAAACUGUUGGUGAAUAAAACCGAUAGAUACAGUAUA